AUGGUGGGCUCCAUAGCCAUUAUUUUCGUCUUUCUCCCCGAAUCGCCGUGGUGGCUCGUCAGUAAGGGAAAGAUCGAGCACGCCACGAAGGUCGUAUGGAUCUGCAACGGGCGUGUUCAGGACUACAAUGUCCAGGAGCAGAUUGAAGUCAUGAAUGCCACCGUUGCAGAAGAGCGCAUCAUCGCCGAACGCAACUCCGAACUAGGGCUUUGGGCUGCCUUCCGUGGACGCAACCUCAUCCGCUUCAUCAUCGCCGGAUGGCCGAAGAUUGCGCAGCAGUUUGUCGGGUUGUCUGUGUUUAACACGUAUGUUACUUACUUCUUCCAAAACGCCGGAAAUGCAAACCCCUUCCAAGUAACCAUCAUCACUUCAUGUGUCCAACUCAUCUCCAUGAUCCUUACGGCUACUCUGACGGACCGUCUUGGUCGUCGACCCCUAACUAUCUAUCCUUACGCGGUGACGGUCCUCUCGGUGCUAUGGCUGGGUGUAAUCGGCUGCUUCGACUACACGUCGAAGAGUCUAAGCUCACUCUUGGUAUAGCCCCGUCCCUCUACCGUUUUACCCCUAAACAACCCCUAACCGGUCUUGAUAGAUCUUCUUCGCCUGCCUGGCAACCUUCUCGACCACCGGCGCCUCAGCAAUCGGCUACGCUUACGCCGCAGAAGUCCCACAGCAGCGCCUCCGCGCCCAGACGGCGGGCCUGGCGCUCGCUCUGUCGAACGGCAUCGCUACCAUGUUCAGCUUCUGUACGCCGUUGAUGAUCAAUGGGACUGUUACGAAAUGGGGUGUUAAGACGGGGUUUUUGUGAGCCCCUCCCUUGCCCUGCCUCCUGGUGAGAUGCAGCGUCACCUCGUCGUAAGGGCCUACAAUUUGACCAACCGUCGCGUCUAACCGAUCAGCCUUGGACCGGAAGAAAGGGUAUGAGCGUGGCUCGAGCUCGUAUCCUUCUGAAUAUGUUACGCGUAGCUGGAUCUGUGACUUGUCUCCGACCGUCUUGAAGACCCAUCGGAGAAAGGCAGUAGAAUGGACGUCCGCUUGUACCUCGAUUGUAUGCUUCGAAUUUGCAUCGAGAGUCAACGGUCGAUUUCCAUCGAAGUACGCUGUCUAGUCGUCUGCAGACGCCGUACUCUGGCAUCGUCGGAUGAUAC